GCAGUUUACAAAACAGUUUAUCCACCCAACAUUUAUUGGGUGCAGAAAACAGGAUUAGCCCAGCGGAUCUCCAUUGACUGGGAUUUAGAAAAGCAGCAUUUUCGAAUGCCAGUUUAUGAAGCUUCGCAAAUAUAAAUAAAUAACGCCCCUUUUUUAAUCCCCCUUAAGACCAGGUUGUGGAAAAAAAAGUUACGUGGUCUAGGAGACGACCAUAAUCAUAACCAUUUUUAGAAGCUUGAUUUUUCAUUUAAACAUUUACAGAGCUUUUUAGCUGGAAGGAGAGGACCGAGACUCCUGCAUUAUGGAGCAAGACUUUACCUUAAUGAGGAAGGGACUGAGUGAGUUGCGGAAGACGAGUUCCCCGCAGAGGCCGAACGUCGGGUGGAACUACCCAGACCAUGACAAAAUUCAUCCCAGCAAAGCGUUUCAUGCCGUCAAGAAGUAUUAUGAGAAACAGGCUGAAGAACAGAAGAAGAGUUCUUCUAUAUCAAACUCCGUUCCCGACUCGGAGGAACUGCAAAAAUGCUUUCUGAAGCGGCCGGGUUGCCCCCAGUACUGUCACCGGACGACGUCAACGUCCUUCCUUGAGAGGAGCAUUUCAAGAGCCGGGGAUCUUCCUAUCAACCUCAGCACCAUGAGUCUGACUUCCCAGAUAUCCUUGGACGAUUGGAACUACAUUGUCCAAAAUCCGGAACUUUUGGAUUCAAAGAGUUGCCUCAGAUUUUAUCCUUCAUCGUCGGAAAGUAUCCCCAGACUGCCCAAGUGGAAGAGCUUCACGGAAGGCUUUCCACCCCACACCCAGCUCAAAAACCGCUCCGGGAACAAGAUUCCAUGGUACAUCCCUGUGCUUCAUGAAAAGGAUCUGUCUCUUAAUAAGAUGGGAGAGGAGCUCGCCCGCCUUUCUCCUUUUGAAGCCGAGUGUAUCCGGAAGGAAGGAGUGAUUGCAGUCCUGCUGGAGGAAGUGCAGACGAUGCAGAAACAAUUGGACCAACUCCAGAAACAGCAAGCCGCUAUUCCAGAGAAAUCUCCGGAUGAGAAGCGGGCCAAAGAAGAAACGUGGGCGAAAGGGGACAUCACCAAACUCCUCACGCUCGGUGUUUGUCCCUCGAUCCGACAUGGACAGAAGAGCGUUCCCUUUCUCCGUUUGGAGCAGGUGGACCUCUCAGAACAGCUCCUCCAGGUUGAGAACCUGAACCCGGAGCUGAGCCAGUCUGAGCAGACGUUGGACUCAAAAGCGUUGCUUUUGAACAUGGAGCUCUUGAAGGAUCAGGAGGAACUGGAGCAGCUGGAAAAGGAGGCAGAACUGAUGCAUACUGAGGAAGAGACGUUUUCAAGCAGCGAAUCCAAAGUGGGGGAACUGGAGUCGGAUCUGGAAGAAUCAGAGAACACCUUGAUUCUGUACAAGCUUUUGGAGUUCCAGAAGGUGAACGAAAUGCUGUACGAGGAGGUGCAGAGGAUGCGAAACGAGUAUGACCUUGCCACAGGCACUAUUUCAUCCCUGCAAAGACAGUUGUCGUUUGAGGAGUCCCAAAUCCGGAAAGCUCACACAGAUCAUGAAUUGUUACAGAAGGAGCUACGGGAACGAGGCGAACAGCUGGAGGCCAUGUCCAAUAAGUUUUGCAACCUGCGGGAGGAGAGGAAGCAUGAAGAAAUGAUGGGUUCCAUAGAGAGAGAAAAUUACAAACUUCGGCAAGAGAUGUCCAGGCUGGAAGUCCAGCUGGUGGACAAAGGCCAGCUGGUCAGCGAUUUACAAAGCAACGUCAGCCAGCUCCAGUCCGAGCUACUGGCGAACCAGCACCGCACCAGCAAGCAGCUGAGCAGCCAGAAUGAGCUCCAGAGGCAGCUGGAGAUCUUACAACGGGCAGAGCAGCAGACCAGAGUCACCCUAGAGAGUAUCAGUGCCCGG